AUGGGCAAUGCAGGCUUUUUGUUUUUCGUUCAAUUCGUCGUCGGCGCGUCGGGCGAUUUUGCCAGCACCGCCGCGUCGCAAAAUCCUGUCGCGGCGGGUCAAGGCUUACCAGUGGUGACCGUGACCAAGAUCAUCGACCACUCGCAUUUGAAUGCGGACGGAAUGCUCUCCCUCUCCACCCUGCUGAAGGCGAGCCACACCACACGCAACCGCCCCUGCCCAAGCACUCUCGUCAGCGCCUCGUUGGCACCAUAA